AUGGUGCCGAUGUUGUUACUCGGGAUGAAUAAAACGUGGAGACAUAAUAUGGAUCGAGCUGUUUCUCUAUGGAUGACCAUUCCAAUGUGCUUUCUCGAGUGGUUCUUCGGGGUGACAAUCCGGGUGUGCGGAGAUCCGAUCGAGUAUGAUGAGCCGGCAAUGAUACUCAUGAAUCAUCGAACAAGAUUAGAUUGGAUGUACAUUUGGUCAGCUCUUUUCCAAAUAAAUCCCUGGUUGAUUACGUCGAAUAAAAUCUCGAUGAAGAAAGAGUUGAAGUUCUUGCCGGGAGCAGGAUUCGGCAUGUCGGCGAAUCAAUUCAUCUUUUUGGAAAGAAACAUCGAGAAAGAUAAGGAAAGCUUCGAGAAUACGAUUGAAUACUAUGCGAGUAUGAAGAAUAACUAUCAGGUGCUGCUCUUCCCUGAAGGCACAGAUAAAACCGAUUGGACGACCGCCAAGAGCAAUUCGUUUGCGAAGAAAAACGGGUUGAGCCAACUCGAGUACGUUCUCUACCCGCGCGUGGCCGGCUUCAAUCACUUGCUCAACAAAAAUGAGACAAGGAAUUUCGUUUUAGAAAACUAUAUCUCGUACAUCUAUGACAUCACAAUCGGUUAUCCAUAUAAAACCGUGCAAACCGAGAUCCAUCUCGUAGCGAAAGGAGAUGCUCCAAAAGAGGUCCACUUCCAUGUGAAAAAAAUCCCGAUCUCGGAGAUCCCAAGGAGUGAUACGGCGGCUGGAGCAUGGUUGACAAAACUAUGGCUUGAGAAAGAGGAACGCUUAAGGAAAUACUACGCCGAACCGAGAGAGUCCUUUCGUCGAUUCGAAUCUAAUGGAUUCUCGUGGAGCAAUGUA